UUAAUUGCCGGUAAACUCAAACACUAUAAAAUCUUCCAAUUAUACCGUGAUUGGUGGUGUGAAUCCAAAGGCUGCUUAUUAAUACCUUCCUGCUUUCAAAGCCUCUGGAGCUUCAUUGCUAGGUGGCUACCUUCCCUAUCAAAGAGAGAGAGAGAGAGAGAGAGAAAUAGAGAGUUAAAACCCCAUUAAAAAAAUCUCGAACUCUCUCUCUGUCUUAGAAAAAGGGUUUAAUUCUGCCUCUGAUACUUUUCUUCUUCGUAUUGUGGGGUGCUGUUGAUUUUCGACAAGAUGAAGAACCAGGAUCAAGCUAGGUUCCUGUUUGGGAUUUCACUCUCUGAUAGGCCCAGGUGGCAACAGUUCCUCAUUUGCUCUUCUGGGUUCUUCUUUGGUUACCUCGUUAAUGGCAUUUGCGAGGAAUACGUGUAUAAUCGUCUCCAAUUCAGCUAUGGAUGGUACUUCACCUUUGUACAAGGAUUUGUGUAUAUCGCGCUCAUAUACCUCCAAGGUUUCACCACCAAGCAAAUGGUGAACCCAUGGAAGACAUAUGUGAAGCUCUCGGCCGUUCUUAUGGGUUCUCAAGGAUUGACCAAGGGAUCGUUGGCUUGGCUCAAUUAUCCUGCACAGAUAAUGUUCAAAUCAACAAAGGUACUGCCUGUGAUGUUGAUGGGUGCAUUUGUUCCUGGAUUGAGAAGGAGAUAUGCAAUUCAUGAAUACAUCUCAGCAAUGUUUCUAGUAAUUGGUUUGAUCCUUUUCACCUUAGCAGAUGCACAAACAUCUCCUAAUUUUAGCAUGGCUGGUGUGAUAAUGAUAUCAGGUUCUCUAGUCAUGGAUGCCUUUUUGGGUAACCUGCAAGAAGCAAUCUUUACCGUAAAUCCGGAUACCUCACAGACAGAGAUGUUGUUCUGCUCAACAGUUGUUGGCUUGCCAUUUCUACUUCCACCCAUGAUUCUUACAGGAGAACUGUUUAAGGCCUGGAAUUCUUGUUAUGAGCAUCCUUAUGUGUACGGCGUGUUAGUGUUCGAAGCCAUGGCCACAUAUGUCGGCCAAGUAUCUGUCCUAUCUCUCAUUGCCCUUUUUGGAGCUGCCACCACUGCCAUGAUUACAACUGCUAGAAAGGCAGUCACAUUGUUGCUGUCAUACAUGAUAUUCACAAAGCCCUUGACAGACCAGCAUGGAACAGGCUUGCUGCUUAUAGCCAUGGGGAUCAUGAUGAAGAUGUUGCCAGAACACAAAGCCCCUGGCAGAAGUGGUGUUGCCAAACAUGGAAGAUCUUUGAAAGCAGGGAAGAGUCCAGUGCCGAACGAAAAAAGAUCAGAAGUUGAAGAGGAAAGGUCUUUGGUGUGAACAUGAAGGCUGCCAUUUUCUUUAUUCUUGUUCUUCACGUUUUUAGGUUUUUUUUUCAUAUUUUUUUAUAGAAAAAUAGUUCCACGCAUACUCGAAGAUACAAGAAAGGUAACAACUUAACAAGAGAAAGUGAGGGGAAUGUUGGCUAGUUUAGUCAUCAAGGGAGAAAAAUCAUGACAAUUGUGCUGGGGACAACUAGAAUGGAUGGGGAAUUAGUUUCUUCCAAAACAUAAUGAGUUGAA